UAAUUGUCUCAUUCUUAUAAUUAAAAAGAUUCCGUGAUGACAAAUCCUCCUAAAGAAGCUAUACUCCCAAUUCCAGAGACAGACGACCUCCAAGAACAUGAAAGUAGUGCCAUGCAGUCAAUGGCUAGGGUCCAAGAAGACGAGAAGGUUGGGCAUGAUAACCCAAAAGAGGAACUCACCGAGGACGGGACUGGCCAAAGGCAUGGCGCAUUUGAGGCUGGUAUAGUGAUGGCCAAGCUCCUCUGGCGGAGCCGAGGGCUGAGGAUUCGCACCAUGGAGAUAUGAGUAAUUCUGAUUUCUGGUGAAUUUUAUUUUUAAGUGCAUCUAUUCCCUUUUUGGUAAAUGCAUGCGGAAGCCUGCUUAGUAAGACUGAGAAGUUUGAGAACUUCGUCAUUAGUCAUCAAAAGGAAACUGACAAGAGGCUAGAUGGCUUUGACCUGAAGCUGAAAGACAUACAUCAGUAUGUUAAGACUAUGUCUACUAGGAAAGAGUCUGUAGCAACUGCAGAAGCAGUGGACAAUUUGGAUGCAAAAAUGACAAAGAUUAUGGAGAAAUUAGGUGUUGAGUCAGAGUAAUGACUUUCAUAGGUUUGUCUUGUACUA